AUGACCCAGACACAGAUUCCUCCAAAAGACUAUUGGUCUACAGAGACAUAUGCAGCUGCGGCUUCUUUUGUCCCCCAUUUUGCCGACACUCUCGUCCAAAGCAUAGAAUUUAACCCUACGGACAGAGUUCUAGACAUUGGAUGUGGUGAUGGCAAGUUUACCACCAGCUUUGCUCCCUCGGUCAAUUAUGUUAUGGGCGUUGACUCUUCCCCAUCCAUGAUCAACACGGCCAAGACAUUGGACUACGGUGGAACGACCACGGAUUUCCGUGUUGUCGAUUGUCGGCACCUUGAAGAAGAUGCAGAAGUUAUGAAUGGAAACUGGGAUAAAGUCACUUCCAAUGCUGCAUUCCAUUGGAUCUUGAAAGACCCACCUACCCGUAUCUCCACAUUGGAAAAUAUCUUUCAAUCAAUGAAGCCCGGAGGUACGUUCUUCUUUGAGAUGUGCGGACAUGGAAAUGCACCAGAAAAGGUCACAGCAUUCAUGUUCGCCCUUGUCAACCAUGGAGUUCCAAUCGAGACGGCGGAAGCUAUGUGCCCCUGGUUUUAUCCGUCCGACGUCUAUAUGAAGAAGAUCAUUGAGAGUGUUGGGUUUCAAGUUAAGAUGAUUGAACUUAACCCCCAACCGCUGGAGCUGACCACCUCUGAUAACGGUGGACUGGAAGGAUUCAUGAGAUUAAUCGGCGCUCAGAUGCUGGAUAUCUUGGAUACCGAGGAGAAGAAGAAUAGUGUGAUAGAGCAGAUCUGCCGAAUGCUCCGGUAUGGGACUACAAGAGAAGAUGGGAGUCAAUGGAUCACAUAUGCCAGUCUGAGAUGUGUUGCUGUUAAGCCGUGA